AACCUCACCAUGGCGUGGCCCUGUAUCAGCAGGGCGUGCUGCAUGGCCCGCUUCUGGAACCAGCUGGACAAGGCUGACAUUGCGGUGCCUUUGGUGUUCACCAAGUACACGGACGUCUCUGAGAUGCAGCACAUCCAGCUGCAGCCGCCGCUCCACCCUCCUCAGGCCCGGGUCGCCAUAGAAACGCAGCCGUCUCGCGCAGAAACCCGCACCACGACAGUGGCACGCGCGCCGCGGAGGUGCGUCUCCGAGGAGCGCGUGUGCAGCUCGGUGAUGCGCGAGGACUUCAAGCACUGGAAAGUGCGACCCGAACCGAGCUGUAAACCCAAGAACGAGUACCACGGACCGGAAACACCGUUCAACAGCGAGACCCAGUACCAGAAGGACUUCAAGCCCUGGCCCAUCCCGAAAAGGUACGACCACCCCUGGAUACCAAAACCAUCUCCGGCCACCUCCGCCGGAGAUGACCGGGCACCUGACAGGUCCAGACACGCGAAACAGCACGUGGCGCUGACAGAUGUGGACAGCGGCGUGGAGAAGAGCGCUAUCGCCGACAAGGUGCAGGAGAAAGACCUGCUCCAGGGGCAAGAGAGGAAAAAGCGGUCCAGUGAGCGGCAGGGGGAGAGAAAAGUUGUCCUGAAGGUGGAAGGAGAGGGCAGAGGGAGGGCGGCGGUGGAUGCUGUGAACAGGCAGAUCAGAGAGGAGAUUACAGCCGGCAGCUCAUAUAAAACCGAAUUUAAGGCUUACAGAGAUGUGAAGCCUGCCAAGAUGAUCCGGGCCAAGUCCCAAUACCUGCCACCAGAUGAGAAGACCCGCUUAGAGACCAGCUACAGUGCCACCUUCAAGGGACAAGCCCCGCUGCAGUCUGCUGACAACAAGGCCCUGGAGAGGAGGAGGAUACGCAGUUUGUACAGCGAGCCUUACAUAGACUCCACCAAACAGGUUGACAGAUAUAGUGUCCUUCGUUCUAAACCCAAAAAGCCUGGAGCCACAGCGGCAGGCCAGGGCAAGCCAGCGAAGAAAGCCAAAGAUAAGCAGAGCGGCGCGCUGAGGGGCUCCAAGAAGACGGCCUCGGAGAACCAGCCCGAGAACCGGCCGGCGGUGGGGGACAAGGAGAAAAGUAAAGAGAUGAACAACAAACUGGCUGAGGCAAAAGAGGUUGUGCUAAAACAGUACCACUACAUACAACUCUGCCAGCCAAUCCGAGAUAUUGGCUGGGUGCAGACUCUAAAGCAACACCUGUGGGGCUGUGCGCUACCCAAUCCCAGAGAUGCUAAAGACGAGGUUCUCCGACCCAGUCAUUAUCAUUCCCAGGGUGCUGUUGGAGGAGAACCACAACCACCGCUGGAACGACCCGAACCUCGGAGGAGCAGCGGAGUCGUACGCUUUGCCCUAGAUGUGAACCAGACUGAGUAG